CCUUCACUUUCACUUUCAACCUCUAUAUCUCUCAAAACCUCUGUUUCUUCACAUCACAACAAUGGCGAUUCUUCAUUCACCCAUUAAGCUCCAACCCUCUUCUAAACUCAUAACCCUCUUCUUCUUAAUCUCCUCCUCUUUAUGCACUGCCUAUUUCUUAGCCUCUGUUUUCCUGCUGCGAACUUUCCCCCGGCCCCACCUUUCUUCAACCGAUCCUCCCUCCCCUCUCUCGCUCCAUCAAAUCGUCUUCGGAAUCGCCGCCGACAAGAACUCAUGGCCCAAACGAAAGGAUUAUCUCAAGAUUUGGUGGAAGCCCAGAUUAAUGCGAGGCUGUGUUUUCCUCGACGAGCUUCCGGAACACGAAAAUCCCCAGAACCACGACGCUUCUUCGCUCCCCACCGUCUACGUCUCCGGCGACACUUCCCGGUUCCGUUAUACUUACAGAGGCGGUUACCGAUCCGCGAUAAGGAUCGCACGAGUGGUGCUGGAAACGAUAGCUGUUGGACAUUCAAAUGUCCGGUGGUACGUUUUCGGCGACGAUGACACGUUUUUCUUCCCGGAGAAUUUGGUGAAGACACUGUCCAAAUACGACGAGGAGCUCUGGUACUAUAUCGGAAGCAACUCUGAAACUUCCGACCAAAACAGAGUAUUCGGUUACGAAAUGGGAUUCGGCGGAGCUGGAUUCGCCAUUAGCCAAUCUUUAGCUAAAAUUCUUCGAAAAGUAUUCGAUUCGUGUAUUGAACGGUACCCACAUCUCUAUGGAAGCGAUUCGAGAAUCCAAUCUUGUUUGACAGAGCUCGGAGUGAAAUUGACCCACGAACAGGGCUUCCAUCAGGUCGAUUUAAAAGGCAACAUUUUUGGGCUUUUGGCUUCACACCCAUUAACCCCAUUAGUUUCAUUGCAUAAUUUAGAUCACAUCGAGCCAAUUUUCCCCAACAUGACGAUCAAGGAAUCACUCCAACAUCUUUUCGAAGCCGUCGAGGUCGAUUCACAGAGGAUCGUGCAACAGAGUGUGUGCUACGAUCGGUGGUUCUCAUGGACUAUUUCAGUGUCGUGGGGUUACGCCGUUCAAAUACACGAACGCCAUGUGUUCUUGCAGGAUGCCAUUAGCGUUCAACGAACAUUCAUGCCAUGGAAAAGGGAAUUGAGGGUUGAGCCUGGUUCUUUUGCAAUGAACACGAGAGAAAUUCAUGAAGACCCAUGUCGCCGGCCGAUUGUUUUCUAUUUUGAUCGUGUUUCUUCUAAUUGGAAUGGAUUAAUUGAGAGCAAUUACAAGAAAGCUUUUGUGAAUUGCUCUUAUGGUCCUAACUCGGCUAGAAGAUUGGAGGAAGUCAGAGUUUUGUCUCGUAAACUCGACCUUGAUUACAAACAGUUGCAGGCUCCGAGAAGACAGUGCUGUGAUGUAUUGCCUUCCAAUGGCGGUGAAGGAUUGGAUAUCGCCAUUAGAGACUGCAAGGAAGAAGAGUUAAUUCACAUGCAUUAACAGUAUAAGAAAUAGAACUGGCCAAAGCUGUGAUUUGCCGGAGAUUUUGAGUAGUUUUGGGUUUUUCAAUCAAUGGUGAAAGGUAAAAUGUAAAAUUAUGAGAUUUUUUUCAAGGAAAGAAAAGA